GCUCUGUUUCCAACAAUGGAAGCUUCACAUGAAAGAGAGAGAAUCGAUCAAUUCUUCAAUUUUUUCCAUCAACAACAACAACCCACCAUGUCAUUCUCCAUCAUCGACGCUUCAAAGAAGCGAAAACGAUGGACGAAGAUUUUCCCGCUACAAUCGUUCGCUGACCCUGGUUGUCCAAUUUCACCUUCAGGUCCGUUCCGUGAAAACGUUCGACUCUUUCUUCAAGAAGCUGGUGAGCUUGAAGAUUAUACGGUUAUGGGAAAUCCUCUUUGGUGCACUUUUCUGAUUCAUGAAAAGAAGAAUCUAAUGGUUCCUUUCUAUGCUCUUGAAGAAGAAGUUUAUAACUCUUCUCAUCCUUUCUGUGAUCAUUGCCGUUGUGUAGGUUGGAGUGGACAUUUUGUAUCAAAGAGAAGGUACCAUUUUAUAAUCCCAAUGGAUGAUGGGUGGCAUAAACCCUUAAAUGAAGAAGCUCUUGAUGAUCAGAGUCAUCUAUUACAUGGUGUGAUUCAUUGCAAUGGUUAUGGCCAUUUGGUAUGUCUUAAUGGCAUUGAAGGUGGUUCCAAAUUUCUUAGUGGGAGAGAAAUCAUGGAUCUAUGGGACAGAAUUUGCACCAAUCUUAGAGCAAGGUACAUUGCAGUUGAAGAUGCUUCAAGAAAAAGGUCAAUGGAUCUUCGCUUACUUCAUGGAGUUGCUUAUGGUCACUCUUGGUUUGGUAGGUGGGGUUAUGGUUUUUGCCGUGGAAGCUUUGGUGUGACACAACAAAACUAUGAUGAAGCUAUUGAAAUUCUUGGUUCAUUAGUUCUUGAUGAUAUUGUAAGAGAUUUGAGUAAGACAAAGUACCACAAAGAUGUCAAGCAAAUGAUUCGUUUCUAUAGAGAUAUGAGUGAAACUCAUAUCAUCACAAUAAGAGAGCUUCUAAGAUUCAUGCUCACUAUCAAGUCCCGUAGACCAGUGUCAAAAAUGACAGUCACUUUUUCUUCUCCUAAUGCUGUUUCUGAUACUGAUUCACCUUCUUGUUCUACUUCAGCAUUUAUGUCCAGAAAUGCAUCCAAACCUGUACUUUCAAGUAGCAGAUCAAAUUUCACAAUGAAGGAAAAAUCAGCUAGGUAUAAGAAAUUCAGCACUGCAGUAGCUAACAUGGAUAGUAGGUGGCCAACAAGGAGAUUAGAGUUUGCAGCUCAAGUGAUUGUGGAAGCAUUAAAAGAGGAUAAAGCUAUGAAACCAGGCUCUAGUGGAAUGACAAGACAAGAUGUGAGGGAUGCAGCUAGGCUUCACAUUGGUGAUACUGGUUUACUUGAUUAUGUGCUGAAAUCACUUAACAAUGUGAUUGUUGGAAACUAUGUAGUUCGCCGCACAGUUAACUCUUCCUCAAGGAUCCUUGAAUAUACAAUUGAUGAGCUCAGAAAAGGGCACCAAGCACCUGAAAUGGAACAUGGUGUAUUGACAGUUGCAGAUAAACCUCAAGUCGAGUCAUCAACGUUAUCAUCAUCAUCAUCUUCGGUGCCUGGUAAUGAUGUUUACAGUGAUGUGGUUUAUCUUUACAAGAAUGUGUUGUUGGGUUAUCCAGAUUCAGAGGCAGUGGAAUUAGCAGUUCAAACAAUUCUUGACUGCAGACACUUUGUGAAAGAGUGGAAAUUGAGAGAUGAAAUGGAACAAGUUUUGACAUUUAUUUGCCAUUUGAAACCGAAUUUCGUUGAGAAUAAGUCUGAUUUAAAAGGGCCAUCUUGUGGUGAGAUUGUAACUGUUCCAUUGCAUGCAACAGUUAGAGACUUAAAGCAAACUGCUGAGGCUGCAUUAAGGGACACAUAUUGCAUAGCUGAAAGACUCAUAGUGACAGAUAUCAAAGAAUUGAUGGAUGUAGAAGAUGAAGAAGUGAUUUUUGGACAGAUUGAAUCUGGUGUGAAGCUUUCUGUAAGGGGAAUUGGCAUUGAUUUGUGUACUCCAUUGAAAUAUCAAGGAGGAAGUGAUAAUUGGAAAGUGAGGUGUGAGUGUGGAGCACAAGAUGAUGAUGGUGAGAGAAUGGUGGCUUGUGAUAUUUGUGAAGUGUGGCAGCAUACAAGAUGUUGUGGAAUAGAUGAUUCUGAGACAGUUCCACCUUUGUUUGUUUGUUCUGGAUGCUGUGAUUCACUUAUGCCACCAAGGAUUGAAUCUAGCAGCUUUGGUAUGGUCGAUUGUGCUGAUUCUUUUCUUGUUUCACCUGAGCCUACUCAUUUGUUAGAGUAUUAUGGAUAUUGAAUGAUUCAUUAAGUACAUAAUAUAG